CCGGACGCCUCCGCGCGCCCCUUAAAAUUCCUUUCCUCGGCUUCCACCUUCGUAGAGCGGCGGCUGGCGGCGCGAUGGACCUGGCCGGGCUCCUGCUGGACGAAGAAGGCACCUUUUCUCUCACCGGCUUCCAGGACUUCUCGUUCCUCCCAGGACACCAGAAGCUGAGUGCCCGGAUCCGGAGGAGACUCUACUAUGGCUGGGACUGGGAAGGUGACUGUAGCCUGGAGGAGCUCUCCAGCCCAGUGGCAGACAUUGCUGUGGAACUCCUCCAGAAAGCAGCCCCAAGCCCUAUUCGCCGACUCCAGAAGAAAUACGUUGCUCACGUGUCCCGGGAGGCGUGCAUCUCCCCGUGCGCUAUGAUGCUCGCUCUCGUGUACAUUGAGCGGCUCCGGCACCGAAACCCUGACUACCUACAGCACGUGUCCUCCUCAGACUUGUUCCUGAUCUCUAUGAUGGUGGCCAGUAAGUAUCUCUAUGAUGAAGGGGAGGAAGAGGAAGUCUUCAAUGAUGAAUGGGGAGCUGCAGGGGGUGUGGCCGUGCCCACUCUCAAUGCCCUGGAAAGGGGCUUCCUGAGUGCCAUGGACUGGCGUCUCUACACUGACCCACGGGAGAUCUUUGAGGUGCUGAACUGGCUGGAAGGCUGUGUGGCCGAGCAGCAGGGGCGGCGGCGGGGCUGGUACACCUACACAGACCUGAGCGUGCUUCUGGAGCAGCCGGCCUGGCAGCUGGCCCUGGGCUCCCUGUGCCAGCGACUGGCAAAGCUGUCCUGCCUGUUAGCCGUGGCGUAUGUGAGCAGUGUGGCCCUGGCUGUGGCAUCAGUGGCUGUAAUAAACCAAUCACUGGGGCUGCCCUGUCGCCCCCACCACGGCCCCCCGCACCUCGGACUGACCUCCAGGUGCCUCUUGGAACGCUGCGGACCUUCCCUCCCGCCACAGUGCCUGCCACCCCCUGCCAACGCCUCCAGCUGCCAGGAUGGAGAUGUCAGGCUGCGUUCACUCUGGGGAAGUCUCCUGGCCUCACUGACUCCCCCACCGUUGCCUCCUCCUGACCCUCCUGCCCCUCCCACUCUUCUCCAUCACUGCCCCCUUUGUCAGAAGUUCCAGCGGGACUCCCCAACCUGCCGAGCCUGUCACCACCCCAAUCGUACGGUCCCCACUGGCCCCCCCAAGCCCUGGUACCGCACCCAGGGCCUGGCUCCACCCUGGCCCUGGAGCCCGAUGCCCUCUUUGCUGCCCCAACCCCAGCAGUGUUCCCUUUUCAGCAUCAUGGAGCUGGCCCGCCUCAAGUCUUUCAUUUUCCCAGGCUAGGAAGGGCUUUGAAGAGUGCUCUAAGAGGCUGGGAGUUCCUGAGAACCUGGAGGACAAGGCUUGAUUUAGAUCCUCUCUACCUUUCUGGGUCCUUGGCUGGUCCCCUGUCCUGGAUGAUGGCGCUUAAGGGGUUGUGGGGCAGGACUGAAGGUCACUCACUCUCCUGGGUCUCAGAGACCAGCUGGCUGCUUGGCGGGGUGGUGGUAGUGCCCGGGAAUGCUUCAGCUUGGUGACCACGGGCCUGUCACAGAUAGGGGAGAAGCUCCUGUCUCUUCACCGCUCCUGGGCUCGUCUAGACCUUUGCUUUUGAGUUCUCUAGGAUGGAAGUGUAAAGGUGGGAAUUGGGAGAAGUGGGGCGAGGAAGGGAGGAAGCACUGACCUGGGUCUGUGUGAUGUCCUUGAAAUAGGCCAGUCAGGGACUGACAGAGCCAAGGUGGGAGCUGCUGAGGGAAGGUGGGUGAGGUGGGCAGCCUUCUCCACACCCGUCCCUUGGAGGUAGUUUGAUGGAGCCAGAGACUGCUGGGAUCCUCCACCUUGUCCUUUUGCUUCCGGUGUUCUUAGUGCUCUGCUCCCAGACUUCUCUUUUCCCUUUUCCUGGGUGUUCUCUUCAUAGGUCUCUCUGGCUGCUGCUUUGUAUCUGGGUUUUUCAUGCUUUUGUAGAUCUGAGGUUUCAAUAAACAAUUUCA